AUGGACAACGAUCAUAACGUGGACUCAAGGCAAAAGCUUGAUCAUGAGCUAUGGCAAAGCGAUCUGGAUUUCAUCUUCCGGUCGAAGCCUCUGACCCCGAAAUUGUCCAACCUUGACAUUUUGGACCCAAACCAGAAUGUUUUGGCCACGUCCUUAAUUGCCUUGCAACCACCGGCUUUGGGAGGUCUAGGACAAUUGCCACAAACCGAACAACAAUUAGAAUUUGCGAAAAAGCUCCGCUGGAAUUCAGAAAUCGGUUUAUUUCGCGAAGCACUACACAGUGAGGGUGUAAGAGCACGUCGAACGUCACCAAGCAGUGGGACCCCUUCGAUGGAAUUAAUCAACUUCCUCAUUUCGGGUUGGCUCUUGUGUUGUCAGUUGUCCUCUGUAUUUUGGAAGGUAUCACGUCGUGCCACAUGUCUCUUUGCAUGUUUGGUUGCACUGACAAUCGUCUAUCUUACUGUGGACUAUGCUGCGACAAGUCUUCUCAUUAAAUAUGCUAUAUGCUUAACCGAGUCGACCGGUAUGAUGAGAGGAGCUGAUGUACAAACAUCCUUGUUGUACAAAGAAUUGCGUGCCAGCUUAAUGAUUAUCAGAUCUUCCGUACGAUAUCCGGCGUGGGGGCUGACGUGCCUAACUGCAGCGGCUUUCAUUUCUACUGUAUUAAACAUUCAUUUGCUCUAUGUUUCUGGCUGUGUGAAGUGGAUGGCCACGUUGUUUGAAACGCAGCACUCCUGCUUAGCGCCCUACCUGAAGGAAGAUAUCGAGCAAACACACAGUAGCCUGAGCUGUCAUGCAUCGGGAAAAAAUUCACCGCAACCGCGAAUGUCAUGCUGGGGUUGGAGAGAUCCCACCACACCAAUUCUUGACCGAUAUUCGACUAUCAUCCUUGUUUUUGGAUGCUCUUGUACUGUGGCAUCAGUUUUACUUAGAAUACCCAUUCAUUAUGAAUUAAUUUCAGUAUUUCAGUCUGAUGGUGGUUCUCUACUUGUUACUUCCACAAUCCUGUUUAUCGUGCACACAGUAGCUUGCCUUGCGUGCUGGACCUUUGCUGUCUGGUAUCAAUGUCGAAAGCCCCAACAACACAUGAGCGCUGAUACGGGAAUAACGGACCAGAAGAUAUACCCCCAAAACCACUGCUUAGGGUUCCUAGAUAAAAAAACACAGUAUGCCACCUCAGACCGUACGGAAAGAAGCAUUUCACUCCAAAGUCCGUGUAACGAUGACCCGGUGAUAGAAGAGGAAAAACCAACGUUUCAUACAUCGGAAAAUGGAAGCACACAUAUCAACGGAGGAGCUUAUUGGACACUAUAUAAACAACCGGCCUUGAAGCGAGAAGAAGCUCAAGUAUACCAUCAGGAAUCUUUGCCCCUGUCGGAACAGAACAAUAGUUUACCCUUGCCACGCAGACCCCUGCGCAAUAUAAAAACGCCUCUAGAUUUUGAGGCAACGAGAUCUUCUAACAACCGCGCUCUGGAGCAACUUUCUUUGGAGGAACACUCACGUGUUGAAAAUACAAUGAAUUUUAUUGACCGUCUCGAUUCUGGGCAAAUGCUGACUCUCGUCAACAGCCAGUCUUUUGGUGAUCAAAACGGAAAGCCGACUGUGGAACCAUCAUUGCCAAACUCCUCAUCAUUUGCUUUCGGAUUAACCCCAAACCGAAUGCCAGACCUCGAAAGCGGAGUUUUUCCAAGACCAACACACCAAUUGAAAAUUUCUCAUCCCGCCAGUCUGUUACAGGGUGGGAGCAACCAUACCUCACUUUGUGUUCAAAAUGCUUCUGAUUCAGGUGAUUCCCUAUACAAACCGCAUGAACCUAGCACAUUUGUCGUAUCAUGUCUUAACGGUGGCGCUGCGAAACAUUCAUUGGAUCCCCAGUCCAAGUGGUGGCACGCCUAUCCCAGGUCUUCCGGGAGUGAUAUCCUUUUAUCGUCCGCGCAUCCAACUUCAAGUCUAAAUGUACAACAGCUGGAGAGUGCCCAACAUUACGUGGACUCAGACAGAGCUGCUCCAGAUGUAAAUUUGUACUGGCCAAGACAGAGUUUGCAACAAACAGGAGGUGGUCCUCGCUCUGUCAUCUCUGAUGCAACGUCAGAGCCGUUGUCUUCUACACCCUUGUUUGACAGUGCCCUAUGUAGUCAAGUCUAA